AUGUCGAAUUUAGUAGCCAAGGUUGAAGCUCUUUUAUUACAAGAAUCAUUUGAUACUCUUUGCGGGGCAUCCGUGGUUUAUUUAACAAUAGAGGAAAAUAUUCUACCUCCAUAUGACAAAGUACGGGAAAUAGUUGACCGGGCGGUCAAUUCAUCUCUAUCCAAAAUAAAAGAUCUUGGUCAAAGAACUAAAGUGUUAGAAAUAUUACCGCAGGUGGAAAGUGGAUAUACCAGUGUUCGCGAGCUAAAAGCAUUAAAAGCAUUGAAUAUGGAUAGAGAUUUACCUCUGGACCAUACUCAGGAAGAAAUAGAACAAAAUCUUAAUAUGUUAAAAUCUAAACUCGAGCAUCCUACAACAGAAGCGGACAUAAACCUUUAUGGUUCACUUAAACAAAGUUUAGCGGGUAUAGAAUCGUCAGAUCUCACAUGGCGAGACCCUGAAGCAAGCAUGGUUUUAAGUGAUAAUUCAGACAUCGUGAAAAACUUGGGAAGUAGGCAAAAAAGCAUCUUCAUGGAACCUCGAGAAAAUAUGAAAUGUGCCCUUCCCGAUUCGGUUGUCGCUAAGUGUGUUAAUUUUGUGGAAGUUUACAAUAACGCGAAGAAUGCAAGGUCUAUGAAGAACAUACUUCACAAUAAGAAAUGGAAAGAGAGUGAGACAGAUUUAGUAAAAAUAAUGGAACGUAUUCUAGGCAUAAUUAGUGAAAUAUGGAGCAAUCCCGCAUUUAUGACCAGUACAUCCCGCAGUGAGCAGAGUGAAGGGACAUACAUUGCAGAUGUCAUAAUUCCUUUACUUCGAACGAGUUUGAGCGAUCUUCCGAAUGGUGCUAUUUGUCUAAGCACGGCGGAACGUCAAAGUAUAGCAAGCAAAGCUCGAAGAAAUCUAGGAAUAGUUGGAGAGCGGAUGGGAAAAAAACCUGACAUUAUGGGUUUAUUGAAGCAAGACGAAAAAAUUAUUGAGCUAUUGUAUACCGAAUCAUCACGUAUCGUAUGUAGUAACUCGAAAAAAUCAGAUGAUGAGGUUAAGUUAUGGAGAGAAACAUUGGAUGGGGCAAGUUAUAUCAAUGCAUUAUGUAGACCGGCCGGGAAUCAAUUUGGUGUUGUGGGAAUUCAGGUCGCGGGUACAACUAUGUAUCUGAAUAUUCUUGUGAAGGAUCUGGCUGGUAUACCAAGAUACUUCCAUCUAGAUCAUGCAGAAAUUCCGUUAUUCUCUCACCAGUCACGCCUGAAAUCUCUCAUUUGUUUACUAUUAACCUUAAGAAAUGUAAUGAUCGUGAAUAAGAGUCUUGUAAUGCAGGCAUUAGAACAAGCUACCUCUCAUCCGCCCUGA